ACCGACGCAGCUCACACUAGUUUACCGCUAGUUCCCACCAAUUUAUUAACGUAUAUUAAAGUAACUGUUCGGCGUUUAUCGGUUCUAUAUCGGUACCCGUAUCACGAUAGCUGCGACGCCGGUGACGGAUGGACCGGCGGAAAACACAUCUGGAAAAGUUGUUUUUGAAAUUGUUGAAUUGUCAUCAGAAGAUGAGUCUUAGAGUCACGCAGUUAAUGAUCUUACCACAUUUUUGCCUUUGGUAGGAAAGAACGCGCAGUUAAUAUUAUUCUGUGCCGUUUUUCGCUUCGUUGAAGGGAYAGGAGCUUGGUAAGUUUGACUGAUUGAGGUUGAGAUUAUCUAUCUUUACACUAACUGGUAUUUGAAGUUAUUUUUGACGGUAUUUUCUCCUAGAAAUCUUACACGACCAUGUCAGUUACUCUGUUGGCGGUUGUAUAAAACAAAUAACUGAAAUUAUGCGGUACAUUUGGUCAAAUUCUAACCAAAAACUAUCAUUUCGAGGRAUUAAGAAAAAUGGGAAAUGCUUGGACUUAAAAUUUCAACUUCCUCCUUGGAACAAAUUUCAAMACUGYAAUAAAAAAGAGCUAUAAAUUAWUUUAAAUGGAAACGAAAUUGCUCAUAUAUUUUGACAUUCGAAUAUAACUCUUGAACUUAAAUGAUGUUUACAACUGUUUACGUUAGUUUUUCGAAAGUUCUGCGUCCCAAAUUAAAACUACAUACAAGGACGCGCUGAACGUGACUAGCUUGCUCUCGGCACUAGAAGUGUGAUCGAUUUUCCAGUUGUUUUUCUACUUGAAGCAUUCAUACCAACUUGACGAGUUUUUAAUUCAAAAUAGCCUUUAGUUCUGKCGCGUUAGGAAAUUGCUUUUGAGGAAUAUCGCGUGAUGCCCUCCCRCUACGGUAAAAAAUAACAAAGGUAAAAUAAAAAUAUCGCUGAUCAAAUAGRUGCGACAAUUGAAUCAAAAUCGCUCUUUUUUUGGUCAUUUGAUUUUUACAAACUCAUGACAUCAUGAAACAAUAGCAAAAGAACAAUUUCGGGAAAUAUAAAAAUGUCGUCAAACAGCUGAUAACACAGGUAUAUCCGACGUAAAAUCAAAGAAAAUCAUACGAUAUCUAUAUCCCGCAGAUAGGCUAGUAUCCAAAAACAACAACUUGGGGCCAAAGGAUUAUUAUGGCAGGCUUAAGUCUAGCUAAUAAAACACGACUUAAUACAUACAAACCCUUAACAUAAUUGACUUGAUGUUUGUUUUGUAUAAAAACGAAUUGCCGAAGCUUUUUGUCCUAAUAAAUAUAAUUCACAAAAAUAAUACUCUAAAAACCAAGAAACCAUUAAUUGAAUUGCGCAGUAUAAUCCCUGCAAUGCAAGCAUCGACCAAAAUUUAGUUUCAUUGGGCCAAUACCACUCAUUUUGAUGUCUUUUAAAAAAGGAAAAAUGAAUGGARCAAUCGACCUUAGUGAAGGUUGGCAAGGUAACGCUACACGGGGCCUUGACGACGAGCUUGGUCAUGACCACCUAGCAGAAUUGGACGAAAGCUGUAGCGAGACUGCUUCAAGCUGUAGCUAYUGUUCUUGUAGCUCGUGUUCUCUGUGCGAUUUAUGGGAGCUUGACGAUUUAGACUGUUGCACCGAGAGAGAAAGAAAUGGCUUUUUACUUCCUGAUACCAUGCGUGCUUUGUCAGUUGAAGACCAAAGCCCCAUCGUUGGUCGAAGACAUGACCAUUUUAUGUCCUUUAGUAGCCACAAGGCCAAGCCUUUGAGUAACGAACCAUUGGAYGAUGAAUCAGGGAUCUAUAUGUACAGUUCUGGGUCAGACAAAGAAACUUUCACAAACAACACUYCAACUAGCUCCAACGUCACACAGGGUGCCUCGGGUAAAAACAAAACUCAAAAACACGCUAAAAAGAGAGUGACAUUUCUAGAUUUCUCCACAGAAACUGGUCAACGUAGUCAUUCAACUAAGGGUAAGAUCGAUUCCCGGUCUUUGGGCAACCCAAAAACGCGUUAUGCUGGCAACAACGCUAAUGUUGAUUUAGAAUACAAUCGUCUGGAGAGCAUCCUACACCACAUCGACCCAUUCAAACUACACUCGAUCAUGAAACGUCAGCUAAGAAAGAAAAGACCGCAAAACAUCCUCGCCUUGGGCAAAUUACUGCCAAAAGAUAGAUAUUCUGGGGAGACGGUUCAUUGCGUUCGGUGCCACAAGGAAUACAGCCCUCAGUUUAACAAGAAAGACUGCUAUCUGGAUCAUCCUAAGAGUAAACUAACUUCCACUUAUCUCAAAGGAAGCACGGCUUAUGUUAAGUGCGCGGUUUGUAAAAAGGAGUACUGGGUCCAAAAGCAGAAUGAUUUGAGUAGUCUUAACAUUGGUCAUUGUUAUGUUGGUAAGCACACGUCUUGUCCAGAUGAMAUCGCUUACAUCCCAGUUGGAGCGGCUCAAAGCUGUGAAGACAGAGGUUGCAUCGAGUUUUAUGUGUAGUAAUCAARUUACACUACUGGAAUUAAAUUUCAGAGAAUUUAGAAUGGAAAAAGCAAUAUUUUGCUUUAUCUUUUGGCUUAUCCCAGCUUGGGUUCUCACAAAGUUAAACUUUUGCCAACUAAGUGAACACAGCUGUUAAAACAAAUGAAAAGAAWAGUCAUCCCUGGUAUCUCAUGCAAUUUAUAGAAACGGAGGGUUGGGCAGGCUCGAAAGACAAUACAUUUCUUAUAUAACAAAAACUAACAAUGAUGAAGCACGGCAGGCGACUGAUCUUGGACCAAAAUACCGUCAAGAACCAUUACAACCUUUUUCUUGUGUAUCUGAAUUUAAUACAAUGCAAACUGUAUGUUUAUGUACAAAAUAUAUAUAUCUAAAAAAAUGGAAUUUUCAUAUUGGGGCGAUACUAUGAAGUUAUCAUUUUUGUGCCGUUCAUUAUAUCUUUGAAUUGCAAUAUUUAACUGUAACCAUUAUAUAUUAUCGAUGUUAUUAAAAUGACAUUAUUGCCGGAA